CCACUUUAAACAGAGAGAUAGGGUGGGGAGUCGAUGUGGGGAGAGGAAAGAGGACAUAUGAAGUGAAAUCUUUUUAUGAAAAGGCAUAAUCAGAGUUAUUUACCACGUUUCAAGAACUUAAAUACUAUAGAGAACUAGAUGGAAAUAGCUUAUGUUGUGUUUUCCUUUUUCAGGGGUCGAACAAAGGACGAUGAAAAAUGUACACAGUAGGGAGGGGAUGAGAAGAUUAUUGGCCUACCCGGCCCGACUAAAUUAAUAGUUUUAACGGCAGCAAAAGCUCAAGCUGUCAAAAUAAUUUCCGAUGGAUACUUUGUAUUCUGUAUUAGCCUUGCUACUUACUUGUAUACCCCCCGUUUAUGCAAAUCAAGGAACAUUUUAUUGCGUGAUUUUACCAACCCUACCUCCCUAGAGAAUACAAACAUAGCGUGACACAUUGCACCAUCAAAUUUGAUCAAUUUUAGGUGGGUUUGUGUAUUUUCUUUUCUACUGGAUGUUUUCUACGUUUAUGGUACCAUUAAAAAAUCAAUAAAUGGAGACCGUUUCAGGGAUACCUCUAGUAGAUUUUGCUGCCAUGAGCGUAGAGAAGGAAAGUAUUCCUUCCUUAGCAGAUGAGAGGGUCCAAAUCAUCGCCAAACAAAUCCACGAAGCGUUCAGCACUGUUGGAUUUGUUUACCUGAAGAAUCAUGGAAUUUCACAAGAAAAGGUAGAUGGAACAUUUGAAGUGAUGGACAAAUUUUUUGCACUCAGCAAAAACAGCAAGUCAAAGUAUAGGAAAAAGAGUGAAUUAGAUGCAAAUGGAUGGGAAGCUUUGGAAAGAGAAAUCACUGAUCCAACAAAGCCAGGUGACCUAAAGGAGUCCUUUGAUAUUGGAGCUUUUGAUGACAAGAAAUUUCACUGGCCUACAGAAGUCCCUGAACUUCAGCCAGUUGUAAAGAGCCUCUUUGAUCUGUUAAAGAGUCUUGGAGAUAGAGUUUUACGUGCAAUGGCUAUUGGGUUAGGACUGCCUGCAGAUGUCUUCAAGAGUUACUACAAAGAUGUCGGUACCAAAAAUGGCACAGCACUUCUGCGCUUUAACUAUUACCCAAGAAUAAAUGACAUUGAGCACAUCAAAGCAGGGCAAAUACGAUGUGGUGAACACACAGAUUAUGGUGGAAUAACUCUCCUCUUUCAAGAUGAUGCCGGAGGCCUUGAGGUGGUCAAUAGGGAGAAGAACUUUGUUCCUGCAACUCCAGUCCAUGGAACAAUACUUGUCAACAUUGCUGACUUGAUGCAAAGAUGGACUGCAGAUAAAUAUGUUUCCACGGUUCACAGUCAUCAUUCCUGAAGAGGAACUCAAGCGGCGUACACCAAGACGUUCUGUUGCAUUUUUCUACGAUCCUGAUUGGAAGGCAAAGAUUACCUGCCUGGAUGGCUC